CGGCCCUGGUGCCAGCUCGGGGUGUGAGCACCUCCCGAGCCCCGCGGAUCCCGGCGGGAGCUUUAGGGCCUAUGGAGCGGCCCCCAGCUUCCCUGUUGGACCGGACCGUUACAGCACUGCAUCCGGACCCCCCCGGGACACCGAGCCAGAGGCGGGCGACUGCCAUGGAGCCGGGUGCCCAGGUCCGUGAAUCCCACCCCCCGCUCUAAGACUACCCAAGCCCCAGCCAGGCUUUCGGGGCGCAGAUAUGGCGGCCCACUUCUCAGGAAGCGAGGUCAAGUGCGUCAGCGUCGAGUGGGAUUUCCUUCAGGGACUGCUGGUCAAAGCCCCGCCCGUGCCCUGUCUGCAGGCCUUGCGGAAGGAGAAGUCCCGGAAUGCGGCCCGCUCCCGCCGGGGCAAAGAGAACUUCGAAUUUUAUGAGCUGGCGAAGACGCUGCCCCUGCCCAGCGCCAUCACGAGCCAGCUGGACAAGGCGUCCAUCGUGCGGCUCAGCAUCACCUACCUCCGCCUGCGGGAUUUUGCUGCCCUCGGGGAUCCUCCCUGGAGUUCACCCAGAGCCGACCCGCCACCAGCGCCAGUCUCUGGUGCCCCUGGACGGAGAGAGACUUCUGCCCUAUUCACUGACCUCUUUGAACAGCAUUUGGGAGGCCACAUUCUUCAGUCGCUGGACGGAUUCGUGUUCGCCUUGAACCAGGACGGGAAAUUUCUCUACAUCUCAGAGACGGUUUCCAUCUAUCUGGGCCUCUCUCAGGUGGAGCUGACUGGAAGUAGCGUGUUUGACUAUGUGCAUCCGGGGGACCACUCAGAGGUGCUGGAGCAGCUUGGGCUGAGGGCUCCACCCCCUGGGCCUGGGGCACCACCUUCCGGCCCUUCUUCCUCCUCUUCUUCAUCCUCUUCAUCCUCAGCUUCCUCAAUCUCUGAAGCCCCAGAGACUGAGUUGCCCCCUGCUGUGAAUACUCCUCGAAAUCAACCCGGCUCCUUUGAACGGUCCUUCUUUGUCCGAAUGAAAUCCACACUCACCAAGCGGGGGCUGCAUGUCAAGGCUUCGGGAUAUAAGGUAAUUCAUGUGACUGGUCGGCUUCGGACUCAGCUAUUGACAGCCCGACGGGGCCAAGCGCUAGGUCUCGUCGCCCUAGGCCACACCUUGCCCCCAGCUCCACUCAGUGAACUCCCCCUGCAUGGCCACACACUCGUCUUUCGCCUCAGCCUGGCCUUGACCAUCAUCUCCUGUGAGAGCAGGAUCAGUGACUACAUGGAUGUGGGUCCCUCAGAACUGAUUGGACGAAGUUGCUACCAGUAUAUCCACGGGGAGGACGUGGCUGGAAUUCGCCAGAGCCACCUGGACUUGCUGGACAAAGGGCAGGUGGUGACAGGCUAUUACCGAUGGCUGCAGAGGGCUGGAGGCUUCAUCUGGCUUCAGUCUGUGGCCACCGUGGCCAUCAGUGGCAAGAGCCCAGGCGAGCGCCAUGUGGUCUGGGUCAGCUACAUACUCAGUCAGGUGGAAAACAGCCACAUGGCCUUGGACACUUUUCAACUUCCUAGCACUGGCCCCCCAGAGGAUCUGUCAGAUCCAGAACCUGAGAUCAAAGAGCCCAAGGCCCAGGUGGAGGCUGACCAAGGAUCCUCCCAGCCCGAACCUGGGCCCCGUCAUGCCCGGGGCAAACGCAUCAAACUGGAGCCAGUCAGAGGAAGCAGCAGCCAAGGAGAGACCUCGGGCAGGGAAGGUGGUGAGGACAGUGAUGAGGGCGAGUCCAGACACCCAGUUCCCCGGCCUGAGUUCACCUCUGUCAUCCGGGCAGGGAGCUUGAAGCGGGAGACCAUGAAGCCCUGGAGCUACACGGCCUCCUAUCCCACUGGGGAGCCCUUCCACAGGCCCCCUUCCCCCCCUGACUCCCCAUCCCCACCCACCCUGGUCCACGCUGGUUACCUGGCUCCUAGUAGGGGCCUCUACACCAGCACCAUCCGAUAUGGGCCAGCUGAGCUUGGCCUGGCACUGCCCACCCCAGGGUUGGUUUAUCAGCACCUGCAGAGGCUCACGGGCCCUGGGCCAGCUUUUCCUGAAGCGCUCUAUCCCAGUGUGCCCUUCCUGGGGCCAGAUAGGAAAGGGGACUGAGGACAAGUGGGAUGGAGCUGUUCUGUUCCCCAGUGUGGGCUAUGCUCCCCACAAGGGAGGUCCAGCAGGAGAGACCUAAAGAGUAGCCACUGGCCCCAAGUCAUGCCUGGAGGCCAAUCCCACUCCCCUCCCCAUGCCAGGGCUGGGCUGGU